AUUAAAUAUAAAGAAAUGAAUCAAAGCUAAUAUUAAGUUGCUUUCAAAAAUUAUUGGUGCCAUUUAUGUUAAAAAGAAUCUCACAGUAGAUUAGAGGGUGAAUAAUUGAAUUAAGAAUAAUUCUGUUAAAAUUGUGGAUGUGUAUUAGAACAAAUAAUUACUAAAUAAAAUCACCCAAAACAAUAUUAAAUCUAUUAAUAACCACUCAGAAGAUAAAGAGUGUUUUAUUAUAUUAUAUUUUAAAAUAAUCAUGAUAAUGAGAGUGAAAAUAAUGGAGCUAGUGAAGAUCAAAUAAAAAACAUGAAGAGAUAAACUCAUUUAGGAGAAUAAGAGAAGACUUGUUAUAUAUGUUAAGAAGAUUUCAAAAAUGGAGAAUAAAUUGCUAUGAUGAAUUGCAAUCAUGGUUUUCAUGAUGAUUGUAUUGGAAAAUGGUUAAGAAUGAACAAUUCUUGUCCAGUUUGCAGAUGCAAAUAAAAUUGA